AGACGACUGACACAGUGCUGAAGCGGUAGAGGGAGGAAGGCUGCCUCAUGCCGCCGGGGUUCACCGGGAAUUAUUCACCUGAUGUCCAGCGGGCUCUUUCUGUUCCGGAAAGGGGGAAUUAUAACACAAAACCAAAAUAAUGCAUCUUUUGGGGAUUUGGAUGCUGAUGGCGGCUCUGCAGCUCACUGCUCUGGACCGAGUAGCCCAGCACCAGUCAGGCGAGCAGGGGUUAUUGCCAUGCACAAGAGGCUUCCCUAAGGAGGAAUACGUCAUCAAAGUGGACCAGGAGCUGGCAAAGGGACAGCCAGUCUUCAACGUGAGCUUCACGGACUGCGGCAGAGGGAAGGUAUGGUUCCGCGUUCGCAACUCUACUGAUUUCAGGGUGAGUGAGGAGGGUGCGGUCUACACUCUUCGUCGCCUCGCUCUGGUGGGAAGUGAAGAAGCUGUGGAUGUGGUGUACGCCAGAGACCCGCGUACCAAACAGGUCUGGAAGACCAGAGUGCACCUCUACGCCCGUUCAACUGGAAACAGCAUGGCACCUGAUCAGGUGAAGCCCAGUGAUGCAAUGCUGACUCAGCAGGUACCAGAGAUCUUGUUUCCAUGGCGCAGCUUGGAUGUCAGGGGUGAUGGCACUGUAAGGCGGGUGAAGAGGGACUGGGUCAUUCCACCCAUCAACGUCCCCGAGAACUCACGAGGACAGUUCCCAGAGGAACUAGUCAGAAUCCGCUCGGACCGGGAUAAAAACCGGCUUCUGCGGUACAGCGUGACAGGCCCUGGGGCUGACCAGCCUCCUACCAGCAUCUUCAUCAUCAACCCAAUCUCGGGCCAGCUGUCCGUCACCAAGCCUCUGGACAGAGAGCACAUCUUCAACUUCCAUUUGCGAGCCCACGCGGUGGACUUGAAUGGGAAUCAGGUAGAGAACCCAAUCGACAUUGUCAUCAACGUUAUUGACCAAAACGACAACAGACCAGAGUUCACGCACACCAUCUUCAACGGUUCUGUACCUGAGGGAUCCAAGCCUGGGUCCUUUGUGAUGACUGUGACAGCAGUCGAUAAGGACGAUCCAAAAACUGCUAAUGGGAUGCUGCGAUACAAGAUCCUCUCCCAGAAUCCCCAAAGCCCCUCCUCCAGCAUGUUCACCAUUAACAACAAGACGGGUGACAUCAUCACCGUGGCAGCAGGCCUCGACAGGGAGAAAGUCACCCAGUACACCUUGAUCAUCCAAGCUACGGAUAUGGAGGGGAACCCCACCUACGGCCUGUCCAACACGGCCAGCACUGUCAUCAGGAUCACCGACAUCAAUGACAACCCGCCUGAGUUCACCACCGACACAUUCUUCGGGGAGGUCCAUGAGAACAGGGUGAACGUGAUCGUGGCUAACCUGACUGUGACGGAUAAAGACCAGCCUCAUACUUCAGCCUGGAGCGCUGCGUACCGCAUCAUCACCGGAGACCCCACCGGACGCUUCUCCAUCCCUACUGACCACACCACCAACGAAGGCCUGCUCACUGUGAUCAAGCCCAUAGAUUUUGAGUUGACCCGUUCCUUCAUGCUGACGGUGGAGGCAGAGAACGAGGUCCCGCUGGCCCGUGGAGUCCACCUUCCUCGGCAGUCCACGGCAACCGUCUCUGUGCGGAUCUUGGACAUCAACGAGAGUCCAGAGUUUAGCCCAAAUCCCAAGUCCAUCAAACUGGAGGAGGGUCUGCCUGCGGGAUCACUGCUCACCACCUUCACUGCCCAGGAUCCCGACCGCUUCUUGAGACAAACUGUGCGGUACUCCAAGAUGUAUGACCCUGCUAACUGGCUGGAGAUUGACCAGGUUAACGGUCGCAUUUCCACCAUCGCCAUUCUUGACCGAGAGUCUCCCUAUGUCAAGAACAACUUCUACAAUGUCACCUUCAUGGCAUCUGAUAACGGUAUCCCUCCUGCCAGCGGGAUGGGCACCCUUCAGAUGUACCUGCUGGACAUAAAUGACAAUGCACCUCACGUGUUCCCCCCUGAGGUGGAAAUGUGUGAGAAGCCAGAUCCAAACGCCAUCAACGUCACAGCCAGUGACCCUGACCUCACCCCUAACGCUGGACCCUUUGCCUUCGAACUCGCCAAUCGUCCAUCAGAUGUACGCCGCAACUGGACGCUGAAUCGCCUCAAUGGCGAAUAUGCCCAGCUAAGACUGAGGAUUGGCUCCCUGGCCAGUGGGAUCUAUAAGGUUCCCAUCAUGAUCACAGACUCCGGCAACCUUCCCAUGUCCAACACGUCCUACCUGAAAGUCAAGGUCUGCCAGUGUGAUCAUCAUGGCGACUGCGUUGACAUGGAGCGAAUCAUCGCCGCUGGACUGGGGACCGGGGCCAUCAUUGCCAUCCUCAUCUGUAUCAUCAUACUAUUAGUGCUGGUGCUGCUGUUUGUGAUGUGGAUGAAGAGGAGGGACAAGGAGCGUCAGGCCAAGCAGCUCCUCAUCGACCCAGAGGACGACGUGCGAGACAACAUCCUAAAAUAUGAUGAAGAGGGGGGAGGAGAGGAGGAUCAGGACUACGACCUGAGUCAGCUGCAGCAGCCUGACGCCCUGGAGCCAGAGUGCGUCAAGGUGGGGAUCAGACGGAUGGAUGAGAGGCCUCUCCAUCAUGACCACCAGUACCCCCUCCGCUCUGCUGCACCGCACCCGGGAGACAUCGGAGACUUCAUCCACGAGGGCCUGAAGGCAGCGGACAACGACCCCACCGCUCCCCCCUAUGACUCCCUGCUGGUGUUUGACUACGAGGGCAGCGGCUCCGACGCCGGCUCCCUCAGCUCCCUGCACUCUUUCUCGAGCAGCGGCGACCAGAACUAUGACUACCUGGGAGAGUGGGGGCCGCGCUUUCGCAAGCUGGCCGACCUGUACGGUGGAGGGGACGACUAGACCUCCUCAACACCCUCCCCCACCCCACCGUUUAUUGCUCCAGGGCUCAGUUGGGUCGGGUGGGGUUGAGCACACAAAUAUUAUGGGGAUAUUGGAUGGGCAUCACCACGGUUUAGCUUGUAAAGAAACGGGCUGUCCACUUGACGACGGUUUGAUGAUAAUGGAGACCAUUUGGACUCCUGGCCUAGCAGUUCAGGCUAAUGGACAACACUAUCUGAGCGUUAGCCCCAGUGCUAACACGCGUGAGCAGUGUACUGAGGACUGGUUGUCUCCACGGCGGCAAAGAGCUACGACAGCCAUGCUACACUCCUUUACACUUGAAUCUCUCAUUACAGGAGCACUGGGGUCAAAUGUGCCUUUUUGUACAUUAUUUUGGUUGUGUUCAGUCUUGAUUCUAUGCGUUGCUUUAAAAGCUCCUGGUGUUUUGGGGACGGCGACUAGAGGAGGACUUUGCUAUGAUAAUGAGCGCGCGUGUGUGUUUGGGCUCCACUUCAUUAGCUGUAUGUUUGAUUGUCUGUGCGAGUCAUUUCCAAAGUGACACAAAGGAUGGACACUACAAAAGGGCAAAACCUACCGUAAUUUCCGGACUAUAGAGCACACCUGUCUAUAAGCCGCACCACUUAAAUUUUAAAAGAAUGUGUACAUAUAUAAGCCGCACCUGUCUAUAAGCUGCAGGUGUCCACGUUGUAACAUGAGAUAUUUACACAGAAAGAUAAUACACACAAAGAGUUUUUUUCCUCCUAACUUUUUCCUCGUAGUCAGGAGGGAGUUGCUGACAGAGUCGUGGACAGGCCUUUUCUUCUCAUAAAUCGGAGACACCACGAUGGUCCCCCUUCUAAAAUCUUCAAUCUUUUUGGUGGCGAUUGUUUUGACUUUCAGUCGGAUCUGCACAGUGGAAACACCUCGGCCGUCUGCUCUCUGUGUUUACCCAGUCUUCAAGAACGUUUUCAAGUUCAAGCCAUCUGCUUUUAUUUCCUCUGAAAAUGUUUGCCGUCUUUUUCGAGUAAGUUCUUCACAUUGAUUCAUUGAUGCCAAGUUAACGUGCAGCCGCUCUGUUUCCUUCUACGACAUCCAGAUUGGUUGCCCGUAACUUAAAUGCUGCAUCAUAUGCAUUCCUACGUAUAUUUUCCAUGACGAGUGUUUGAAUAUGAUGCGCAAAAUGGCUGUUUGAAACAUAAUCAAGCCUCUUCCUCGGCGCAUUAUCUCUUGCACACGUUUGUCUCGCUCUCGCGUGUUAGCCCUUAUAAAAUGAUACAUUGUUGUAUAAACCGCAGGGUUCAUGUGGGGGGAAAAAGUAGCGGCUUAUAGUCCGGAAUAUACGGUAUAAUGAGACGCCUGUAUGAUCCUGCCGGCAAAAACAUGACUUUACUUGUACAGCUCUGGGUGUUACCUUUUUUUACUGUCAAUCGUAAAAAUGGCAACUGCAAUCCCAAUCUCAGACGUUAGCAGAAUUACAUUUACAUAUUUAGGUUGGUCUUUUGAUUAGUAACCUACUCACAAGACUUAGCUGAUCAUGGCCGGUGUCAUCCCAUAUAUAAUAUUUUAAAGACUGUGCAGGUGCAGCAUAAACCCCAGGCUCAUACAAAUACAUAUCUGUUUUUAAACAUCUGCAACAUAGAUAAAGCCUGCAGAAAGCAGGGGUCUUUUAGCAGCACCACCACAUUUAAAUACAAUUCUCCCUGAAUGUUGAUUUGUUUUUUAUGAGCCGAAAUAUUUGCCAGUGUAGUUUAAACAUUGUAGUUAUGUCGUUGGAGGACUUUGGAAUUGGGAGUUAGAAUAUUAUGUAGUUUAGUUUAUUUGCAAGACGACAAAACAAGGGGAAGCAAGUGGCAAGGGGUGAAAUAUGAGAUCCAUGUAGAGCGAGAAUCAGAUCAUUAUCAUUUCAAAGUGUAAGAGUUUCACUUGUAUGAAAGAAAAAGAACAGAAAAACACAAUAUCUUCAUACAUGUGAUGAAAUCUGCAAAGAGUUUACAUUGUCAAAUCUUUUAUAUUAUUCUCCUUGACUCUUUACCUUACAUUUCAAAUUGAUAGUGUUUUGGGAGAAUAGAUGUAACCCUUUCUUUGUGUACAUACCUCACCCGGUACCUUCAAUGAGAACAUCUGCUGAACUGAAUACGCAUUAUUUCAUAGUAUGCAUCCAGUAAAAACAAUAAAACCGUAAUAUUUGUGCCAGUAGGUUACUUGUUAUAACCACAAAUUCACAAUAUUAGUAAUAAUUACCUAUAUCUUUGAAAUAAAUGGGUAAUAAGCAAUGCCAAUGGUAAGGCCUUUGACAGUGUUGUGGUCAGUUUCCCUUGGUGGGAAGCAGACGUGGGUCAGACCCAGGACUGUACAAAGGAGCUGCAUAUUUUUGCCAUUUCAGUGUUCCAAAGCUAGUAAGACAUGCACAGUAAUGGUAGACCUUGAAUAGAUUCCUUCAGUUUCAAGUUUUUGCUUUCAUCACUAUGUAACUUAUGCAGCCAAUUGUUAACUGAGGGAGAUAUUGGUUCUUGUUUUGUAGCAGCAAUACUUCUUGAUACUCUGCUGUGGUGGACAAAAAAGGCAUUUCUUUUGCCUGCUGAUAAUUUUGCCUUAGUGUCAUCUGGUACUCUCCAAAUGGCUACUCACUGUAAACUGAUAUAUGUACAGAUUGUAUUUUUCUCUCGUCGUUCUUUUGGCUGUGGUCUCUGAAAAAUGACAUGCUACUAUCCUUAUCCUUGUAUAUGUGUAAUUUGGAUCACAAAUUAAAAUGUUUUUGCAUGUUUUUAUCUUUUCA